UUUUGUAUCAGUCUCAGCUACUUGCUCUUCUCCUCGAGAGACAGUCUAGUGAGAAUUGUGCAUAUUUUAACCUCUCAAAUCACACCAAAGUGUCCCAACCAAAUCCUACAAUGGCUUCAUUGAAAAUCAUCGUUCUCUUCCUCGCGGCGGUCGUUGCGGCUGUAAGUGCGGCUUCUGCUCCUCUGGCGGCCCGUGCUGUGCCACAGAACCAGGCUGAGGUGUUGCAACAGAGCGGAGCCGAGGCUCCUGGAGACCUGAAAGGAUCCGCCUCCUACGGCUAUGGCUUCUACGGCGGCUAUCCCGGUUUCGGCUAUGGCGGCGGACUCGGCUAUGGCGGCUUCGGCUAUGGCGGAUAUGGCGGCUAUGGACUCGGAUAUGGCGGACUAGGAUACUCAGGAUACUACGGCUACCCCUACUACAGGAACUGGGGAGGACUUUACGGGGGCUACUGGUACUAAAUGACCAAGAACUGUUCCAGAUUUUUUCACCGACCAUAUUGCGAAAACUCAUCUAUUCUCUCUCACACACAACACAACACACCCAGCCUUUAUACUAUUUACAAUCGUGAAGACUUUAGUGACAUGAUUUACUUGAACUCAGACUCUUCGGCUUGAGGCGGAAAAAUAUCUGCGACAGUUUUGUCUCUCUUGCACAUGUGAAACGGAAACUGACUAAUUUCUUUUCUCGUACGUAGAUUUCAUCACUAAUCAAAGGAUCUCAGUGGCCAUCAUUUGGUAAAUGAUAAGAAAAUUGACAUUGGACCGAUCAUGUAAAAACAAAAAAAAACGCAUUCAAUCAUUUGUCUCUUCUCUUUUUCCUUCACUUUCCCUUUCAUUUGUGUGUGAUGUCUGUCGCUGAAGAACAUCGCUCAACAACUCUUUUAUUUUUGUAUAAAAUGUUUACCUUUUUAGUUCUAUCUUUUUAUUCUUUGUAAUAAAAUCUUUCUUCUCUAUAUAUUGCACUGCUUUCAAUUUUUACUUCGAUUUGAGGUCACCCCAGAAUUAAAAA